AUGGGUCCCGCCACUCGUCCCACGCUGAGGUCGCCGCCGCUGUCACCACCUCCUCCGCCGCCGCCCCCAUCCCCGCUGUUGCUGCUGCUGCCGCUGCUGCCGCUGUGGCUGGGCCUGGCGGGACCCGGGGCCGCGGCGGAUGGCAGCGAGCCGGCGGCCCGGGAGGGGCGGGGCGGAGCCCGGGCGGUGCGGGUGGACGUGAGGCUGGCGCGGCAGGACGCUCUGGUUCUGGAGGGCGUCCGGAUCGGGGCCGAAGCCGACCCAGAACCCCCGCUGGGUGGCCGCCUGCUGCUGAUGGACAUCGUGGAUGCCGAGGAAGAGGUACCGCUGGAAGACUGGAUUGCAGUGGCCUACGUGGGCAAGGAGCAGGCCUCCCAGUUCCACCAGGAGAACCAGGGCAGUGGCCCUCAGGCCUAUCCCAAGGCCCUGAUCCAGCAGAUGCGACGAGCCCUUUUCCUGGGAGCCUCUGCCCUGCUUCUCCUCAUCCUGAACCACAACGUAGUCCGAGAGCUGGACAUAUCCCAGCUUCUCCUCCGGCCAGUGAUCGUCCUCCAUUAUUCUUCCAAUGUCACCAAACUGUUGGAGGCACUGCUGCAGAGGACACAGGCCACAGCGGAGAUCACCAGCGGAGAGUCCCUGUCAGCUAACAUCGAGUGGAAGCUGACCCUGUGGACCACCUGUGGCCUCUCCAAGGAUGGCUACGGAGGGUGGCAGGACCUGGUGUGCCUGGGAGGCAGUCGUGCCCAGGAGCAGAAACCCCUGCAGCAGCUGUGGAAUGCCAUCCUGCUGGUCGCCAUGCUCCUCUGUACAGGCCUCGUGGUCCAGGCCCAGCGGCAGGCGACUCGGCACAGCCAGCGCGAGCCUGGAGGCCAGGUGGACCUGUUCAGACGCCGCGUGGUGCAGAGGUUGGCAUCCUUAAAGACCCGACGCUGCCGUCUGAGCCGGGCAGCGCAGGGCCUCCCAGAGCCUGGCACUGACACCUGUGCCGUGUGUCUGGACUAUUUCUGCAAUAAGCAGUGGCUCCGGGUGCUUCCCUGUAAGCAUGAGUUCCAUCGAGACUGUGUGGACCCGUGGCUGAUUCUACAGCAGACCUGCCCUCUGUGCAAGUUCAAUGUCCUGGGUGAGCACCAGGGGUGGGCCCUAGGCUGACCCCCCUGGUCCCCACCUGACCCCUCUCCCCACUCUUCUUCCUCCUCCCCUGCAGGGAACCGCUACUCCGAUGACUAGGUGCCCCAGCGGGGCUUCUGCGCGUAGAAAAGGACCCUCCCCACCUGUGCCCUGGGCUCCUGGGGCGGGACAGUGGGAUGGCCAGCCAGCCAGCUCGUGGGCAGAGGAAGGACACGGGGACCCCACCAUGCCCACAUGGAAAGGAAGGACUUACAGCCCCAGGCCGAGGACGCAGGGCAGGGACCCACCGGGAAAGAAGGGAGCCACUUUGGGGCCUUUCUCUGCAAUCCUGGGAUGUCUGUGUCUGCCCUCCUCACAGGACCAUGGGGGAAAAGAAUGUGAGGCCAGCACAGCUGUCCCCAGCACUCUGGGAGCUCUCGGGGCAUCCUUGAGGCAAAAGCCACAGUUGCUGGGUUUUAUGCUUAUUUAUUGGGGGAUUGAGGAAGAGGCUGCCUGAAGUUGAGGCUCUCUGGCCUGACCAGCUUCCAGAAUACAGCUUGGUCAAGGCUGUGAGGUUAAACUCGGGCUCCUUCACCAACUGCUGCCCUCUGUCCUAGGGCCUCGGAAGUCAUCUGUCCCACUGCCUGUCCAGCUGGCCAGGGACAGAGACCUUAGACACUAAUCCUGGACUCGGUGGACUCGGGUGGGCUCGGUGUUGUUCACUAGGAUACUUGAAGCCACACGAUAAAUGUGGUACCUCUUCCGGGG